UCCGGUUAUCCAGGUCCUGGAACCCUCCGAGCUGACACAGCACAGCAGGUUCAGACACACUUGGGGAAAAUGAUCAUUCAGCUGAAAACCCUGAACCAAGCAAAGAUCCCACAGGUGGACGAACAGCCGCGAGCCUAUUAGACCCCAUCCGACAUCAAUUAAGCAGCUGAAGAUGAUCGGAACAAGGACAUGAACCUGAGGAACACCUGCAGAGAUGUCCUGGAGAUGAGAUGACUGACCUCCAACAACCACAACCACCUUCCUUUGUGUCAGGUAUGAAUGCCACUAUUAUGUGUGAUCAGAUACCAUGGCUGAAAUAACAGAAGUUACAAUCUAUCAAGAUGAAGUGACAUGGUGCAGGUGGAACAACUCUCAAGGUUAAAGGUCAUAUUCGUCAUGACUAUCUGAAGGAUUGAUUGGCAGUGGACAUUAGGCACUCUGGAAAGGAUCAGAAAUGAAGUUGGACCAGUGCUGCUUAAACCAAUAAGUUCAAAGGAAGUUCUCCAAUCAUGAACGUGACUGGAAGAUUUGAGGGGUAUCCACACAAUUGUACUUUUAACGAGGACUUUAAAUACAUUCUGCUUCCUGUUUCUUAUGGGAUAGUAUUUGUGGUAGGACUUGUUCUCAAUGUUCUUGCGAUAUGGGUUUUUGUGUUUCGAAUGAGACCUUGGAACAUUACAACCACCUACAUGUUCAACCUAGCUCUCUCAGACACUAUGUACGCGAUAUCAUUGCCUCUGCUCAUCUACUAUUAUGCAAAACACAAUGACUGGCCUUUUGGGGCAGCUUUGUGUAAAAUUGUUCGAUUCCUCUUUUAUACCAACCUGUAUUGCAGUAUCCUUUUUCUCACUUGUAUGAGCAUUUAUAGAUUCCUAGGGAUCUGCUUUCCAAUGCAGUCAUUGAGAUGGUCAAACCUGCGAUAUACACGAAUAGUAUGUAUUGUUGUUUGGGGAAUCGUGAUAGUAUUCCAGACACCAAUAUUUGUAUUUGUUGACACAGAAGGUAUUGGUAACACUACCAUUUGCUAUGACACUGCAAACCAAAUCCAUUUCAAUCAGUUUGUGAUUUACAGUGCUAUUCAGUUGGUGUUGCUGUUUUGUGGUCCUUUCAUAGUGGUCAUGAUCUGUUAUGGAAUUACAGCUAAGAAACUCCUUCAUCCUGAAGGCAUACGCCCUGAAUAUGCCAGAUCCAGGAAAAAAUCAAUCAAGAUGAUUAUUACUGUACUCACUGUUUUUGUCUUGUGUUUCUUACCUUUCCACAUCACACGUUCCAUUUACUAUUCCUCAAGAAGUCUUCAUGUGAGCUGCAGCACACUGGAUGCCAUUAAUCUAGCCUACAAGCUGACUAGGCCCCUCGCCAGUGCAAAUAGUUGCCUUGACCCAAUUCUUUAUGUUCUUGGUGGGCAGACAUAUCGCAGCAAGCUGGCGCGUAAAGGUAAUGGUUUGGAAAAUAAGAACAAUGUUCCUUUAGCCAAAAAGACAAUUAGUGGAGGAGACAUUACACACUCUGUCUAUACUACAGAAAUUGGACUGGAGGAAAUAAAGCAAGCCGCUGCUGGAAGUAGCGAUGGCAUCUAAAAUGAUUGCCCAGCUUGAGUUUUAAGAUGGGAUUUUAGCUGCAGGCUGCAUAUUUUUAAAUGCAACAAAGAAAUAACUAGAAGUGGAGAAUAUGUGUGAGAGCAUGUCGGUCACUGUACAAUGACCAAGAACUGACAGCUGGUUGUCCAAGUGAAAAGCUUAUAUGUUUGAACCCUGAGAUUUCUUUCGUUUGCAAAUUGAUGACCAAUGAUAGCUGUCGAACUCCAAUUGCAUCGCUCAGGCACAAAUGGGUGCUGUGUGCAUUGUGAAGGUGCUUGUUCAUUUGUACCAGGAGGUGACUGGGGAUGUCUAAAGGGAGACUGUCAGUGAAUGGUCAGAAUUUUCCCCAGGACAACUCUAAUUUUGUUUGGGGUUUGAGCAGAAGCCUGUUCAAGUUUUUAAAUUCCUUUCCCACCUCCCAUGCAUGGUCUGUGAUGGGAUCAGUAUGGGUGCUACCUGAUUCCCUUCCUUUCCAGCACUGAGAAGCAACAGGGCUUGUGUGUACUUCUGAAUGGUAUACAAAUGAAACCGGAGCCUCAAAAUAGUACAGAUUUUGUACCCCUUUCGUUGCAAUCUGUAAAUAUGCCACUGAUACCAUAAUUAGUUAAAAAAAUGAUAAUUUGUCUAUCAUGUUCUGGUUCACAUCAGAGCUUGAUAUGUCAGUCCCAAUACUUUAUAUUUUCCUUCAAUCCAUUCCUUCAAUUGCUGUCAUCCUGUCUCUUAAAUAUAAUGUUUUACUUGAUUGAAAGUCACUUACAUUAAUUCAAAGUGAUAUUUUUGCUUAUUGCAUUCACAGAUAAUUAGGUGAGGGUAGUGCAACAACAGCACCUAAAGGUAUGUCCAUGACUGAUUACACCUUCAACAAACCUAACUUCAUUCAGGUCUGGUUUUAAAAACAAAGCAUCUGAAAUCUGAUUCAGAAUCCAAUUUCCUGUUGAAUUAUUAUUUUGUCCCUGCGUUUCACUGAUCUUGCUUGAAUCAUAAUUAUUGGUAUACUAUAGAGGAGGCGAUGGCCUAGUGGUAUUAAUCCAGAGACCCAGGUAAUAUUCUGGGGACCCAAUUCAAUUCACAGCAUGGCAGAUGGUGGAAUUUGAAUUCAAUAAAAAUCUGGAAUUAAGAGUCUAAUGAUGACUAUGAAUCCAUUGUCAAUUGUCAGAGAAAGUCAUCUGGUUCACUAAUGUUGUUUUGGGAAGGAAUCUGUUAUCCUUACCUUGUCUGGCCUAUAUAUGAGUCCAGGCCCACAACAAUGUGCAGCAUGGAGGCACAGUAAUUAGCACUGCUGCCUCACAGCGCCGGGACCCAGGUUCGAUUCCUGUCUUGGGCGACGGCCUGUAUAAAGUUUGCACAUUAUCCCCGUGUCUCCAGGUGCUUGGGUUUCUUCCCACAUUUUAAAGAUGUACAGGUUAGGGUGGAUUGACCAUGCUAAGUUGUCCAGGGAUGUGCAGGCUAGGUGGGUUAGCUGUAGGAACUGUGGGGUUAGGGAGAUGGGGUUGGGUCUGAGUGGGAUGCUCAUCAGAGGGUUGGUGUGGACUUGGUGGGCCGAAUGGUUUGCUCCCACACUGUAGGGGUUAUGUGAAUGUGGUUGACUCUUAACUGCCUUUUGGGUAAUUAAUGGGCAAUAAAUGCUGGCAUCCACAUUCUGUGAAUGAAUUUUAAAAACUCAGAAUUUAGAUACAUUACAAAAUUAUUUAAUUCUAAAUCAAUAUUUGCAGUAUUUAGUAUAUUUUUUCUAAUUAGGGCAAAAUAUAUAUUAAAGCAUUUAUAUGACAAACCUGUCUGUGCUACUUUAAUGAUACCUCAAAAUAGUUGAGGAGAGAAUUUUGCACAAUUUUUUUAAUCUUAUGACUUGAUUUUACUCUGAAGGCUUUUAAAAUCCCAAAUAUUUCUGAUGAAUUUCUUCCUCUUGAGACUGGCCAUUAAAUAACAUCAUUAACUGAAACAAACGAUAAUAUCACAGCAAUAAAUAUCAUGAGUAACUUUUUUCCCCUGUAAUAUUAUCCUCACACUGUUAUGAA